AUGUCAGAUGACGAACUGAAUGACACUAACGGCGAAUCGCCGCCAAUGAUGCCUUUUAAUCCCAUGGUUAUGAAUAUGAUGCCUGGAGGAGCGUCUGCACCUUUCCCGAUGAAGGUACCAUUUUCUCCUGGAGCCAUGAUGCGUGGCAUGCGCAGUCUUAGUAAGAAGCGUCUGCGUGCUCGUCGUAAAAGUGAGCCUUUUCCUCGUCGCGCUGGCGAGUCAGUUCCCCCGGCUGCAGAUGCUGAGCCUCAUCCUGAGGGAAAGCGCGGAGAUAAGCGUUCGUUUAUCGCAACACGUGGCCGUGAACGUAUCCAGAACGAUUACAAUCAGCGUUUUGUGGAUACUGGUGAGCGCCCACAGAAUUUUGUUCGUGAUGUUGGUGAGGGUAAGCGUUUUGGAGAGUACCCUAAACUAGAUCGUUUAUCUAAUCUUAAACGUGAGAUUAUAACAAAACGUGCUACUCCUGCACGUCAUAUUCAUGCGGAUCUUCGUACUUUUAAUUUUGAGAGUCUAAGGGUACUAUUUGAUGUUGUUCUUAUAAAUCCGCCAUGGCGGACUCCUCGUAUGCGUGCGUUAAAUCAGCAUUUUGGAUGGACAAUUCAGGACAUUAUCGAGCAUAUACCUGUUGAUAAGAUCGUGGAUGCUAUGUCUUUUUGUUUUAUUUGGUGUGAUUAUCAUACAUUGGACGAUGCUCGUAACGCGCUUCGUCAAUGGGGAUUUCGUAAAUGUGAGGACAUAUGUUGGUUAAAGACCAACUCUCGUUGGAGUCAAACUGACCCUGAUGGCGAUCCUGUUGUGAAAAGUCGAAAUUUAGAUCCUAUCAGUCCACCUGCCCUUCUGCACAAAACUACUGAGCGUUGUCUAGUUGGUUUACGUGGUCCCAUUCGUCGUAACGAGGACGACUAUUUCGUUCACUCCAAUUUAGAUACCGAUGUGAUUAUAUCUGAAGAGUGUGAUCCUCGUGAACGUUUACGUAUGGAGUUGGAGUUACGUCUAGAAGAGUGUGAGGAUAUUCAGAAGCAGAUGGAUAUAUAUCUUACCCAUCUUAAUCCUAAGCCACGUGAGAUUUUCGAUAUCAUAGAUCGUUUUUGCUUAGGUCGUCGUAAAUUAGAAUUGUUUGGUAGUGAUGCUACUAUUCGCAAUGGGUGGGUGACGGUGGGUCCUGCUGUGAGUUCUACUAAUUACAAUGCUGAUGAGUUUUUAAAGUGGACUACUGGUAGUGGGUGCUGGCCACAGGUGCAAGACUAUCGUGGCGGUCGUUUAAUGGGUACUUCUGAGGAGAUUGAGAACCUUCGUCCUAAGUCUCCUGCUAAAUUAGCUGUCAAGGAGUCGUCUGACGGACGGGAAAAGAUUGUGUGA